AUGUCUGACGAGUGGGACUCCGUCACCAAGAUUGGAAGCAAAGCCCGCGGCGGCGCAUCUCAGCGCGAGACCGUCGUACGCGGGAGCUCAGCCCUGAACGCCGCGAAGCGCGCCGGAGGUGCCAUCGCGACCGAGAAGAAGUACGCCACCGGCAACACCGUCGGCAAAGGCCCCGAAGGCCAACGCCUGACCAAGGUGGACCGGAGCGACGACAUCAUCAAGCCGAACACGGUCGGCAAAGAGGUCGGCGACGUGAUCAGCCAGACGCGGCAGAAGAUGGAGCCCAAGAUGACGCAGAAGGACCUGGCCACCAAGUGUAACACCACGCCCUCCGUCAUCGCCGACUUCGAGCGCGGCACCGCCAUCCCCGACCAGAAGGUCCUCUCCGCCAUGGAGCGCAUCCUCAACGUCAAGCUCCGCGGCUCCGGCAUCGGCGAGCCCAAGUUCAAGCCCAAGGGGAAAUAA